UUGGUCAACGUCAUCAUCCGCAUUCCAAGCAUUCAUUCAAUCUUUCUACGAGCAACAGCAGCAACGACAGCAGACCCGGAAGUAUAGGAAAAGAUUUAACAACUGCCACAGCAGUUACUGACAUACUCGUCUGUAUGUAGUGCCCUCACUGGGUGUGUGAUGGUAUAAAUCGCACAGACUGUACAGGCUGCGUGAUGUUAUGAGGAGCAACCUGUAAUUAGAAGGGUGUGUGGGGGUGUUGGCUCUGGAACUUGUUUGUCAGCGUUACAAUAUUACCUGCAGCUGCUGCAAUGCUUAAAGUGAGGUUCCAUUACACAGAGGACUUUUGCAGAUUGCUGCAGGUUUUAUUCAGGAUUAUCUCCAUCUAUGUUGGCCACUCUUUGGACAAGAUUUCCAGUCCCUGAAACAAAGAAACAUCUCCUAGCAUUAUGUCUCAACCACCGUGGUUCAUGGUGUGGUCAUCAGGAUAACCCGACUUGCGCUCCCUCUGUUGGUCAAGUGAAGGCGCACUCUACAGAAAUUUGCCUGAAAUUAUCAAAUAAGAAUGUCUGAAAAACAGCUUAAGGAAGCAUUUGUAAGCAACCUCAAUGGGACCAGUAUUGAAGAGAUCUCAUUAGGCUCAAGUGUGGCCACUCUAUGCAUGCUUUAUAGAGGACUGAUGUAUAUAUAUAUUUAUCAGAAAAUUGGUGACUUUGGCCACUCAUGGAAAUGGCACUUUAUCCUUGACUUUGUUCUGCUGGUACUUCCACAGGUACUGUCCUGUACUGUCCUCUCUGAUCACCUCUACCUAGUGCCAAUAUGUGUUGCUACACUUUCUUUUUUGUUGUUUCACACUAUAUACAUAGGUAGAAAGAGUUACAAAAACAAAUCUCCUCUUAGUAUCUGCAAGUCCUUCUUAAAUGCACAGUUGGAAAAUAGGACUGUGCCAGCUGUUACAUUUCUUCGUGUUUUCAUUAAUGUGGUCACUGCAAUUUCCAUAUUGGCAGUGGAUUUCCCCAUCUUUCCAAGGCGUUAUGCCAAAACGGAGACCUAUGGAACUGGAGUUAUGGAUAUAGGAGUGGGAUGCUUUAUCUUUGCAAACGCUAUUGUUUCCCCAGAAGCUAGAUCACAAGGAGAUGUGGCCUCUAAAUCUCAGCGAGUGAUAAAGCAAUUGAUGUCGGUGUGGCCACUGCUUCUUCUAGGAUUUGGACGACUAAUAAGCGUGAAGGCAACAGAGUAUCAUGAACACACAUCAGAGUAUGGCAUUCACUGGAACUUCUUUUUCACAUUGGCGAUUGUUAGAGUGUUGUCAGCUGCUCUAUUCACAUUAAUCCCACCACAAAAAAUAUGGAUUGUGGCUGCAGUCAUUAUCUCAUUUUAUCAAUUUCUUUUGGAGAUGACAAAUCUGAAGGGUUUUAUUUUACAUGGCAGUGAUGGUAAGGACACUAGAGUAGGUUUCAUAAAUGCCAACAGAGAAGGGAUUUUCUCUUCAGUUGGUUAUAUUGCAAUCUACAUGGUUGGAAUACAAGUUGGAUUAUAUAUUUUAAAGAAAAGGAUGUUUGUAAAAGAAUGGAUAACCCCCAUCUACAAGUUAGCUAUUAUAUCUUUGCUGCUGUUCAUGGGUUGCACUAUGUUGCAGAUUUAUGUGGAACCCAUUUCCCGCAGAAUGGCAAACUUGCCAUUUUGUAUGUGGGUUGUUGCCCAGUGUAUGGCUUGGCUUUGCCUAAUAUUAUUAUGUGACCUGAUUCUGGUGUUUGCCAGAUACUUGACUCCUGGUAGCAGUGUGCCAAGCACAUGGAAUAUAUACCAUUUUUCUAAGGAAAAUAUCACAACUCUGAGAGAUUCAAAAAAGGAAAUACAUUUAUGUCUUAUAAAAGCUAUCAAUAGAAAUCAGUUGCUGUUCUUCUUACUGUCGAACAUCAUGACUGGCAUGGUAAAUAUGCUAAUAGAUACAAUUCACAGCAACAAUUUAUUUUCUCUCUUUAUACUUAUCACCUACAUGUUUAUAAACUGUUUGAUAGCAUUCCUUUUACACAUCAACAAUAUUACUAUUAAGUGGUGGUGAAUACAAUGUAUUUCCCUAAUUGAUCAAAAAAUUAAAUAAUUGGUAAAGUAAUACAGUAAAUGUGCUUGAAACUGGCAUAGAGGAUAUUUAGGGCUAUAGUUACUAAAGUGGGUUUUCUAGAAGUAGACAUGUUACCCAUAGCAACCAAUCAGAGUCUACCUUUACAUUUUCUAGAAAGUGCUAGAUAAAUAAGUUAAAUCUGAUUGGUUGCUAAUUUGAUGGGUUGCUAUGGGCAACAUCUCCACUUCUAAAAGCCCACACUUAAGUAAAUAUAAUCCUUAGAGUUAAGAGCACAUCCAGCUAAAGGGAGCAGAUUUGCACCCGGACAACCAUCUUUUAAUGCAAUGUGUGCAAAUCCAUGUUUGUAUUUGCAUUCACAAAGUAGGCUACUUCUUCUGUUAAAACAUACAAUUACUGGACAUUUUUAUUUUCAUGUUACAAUCUUUAAUUUAAAUUCUGACACCCCCCCCCCCCCACCACCACCACCACCACCACCACCACAAUCCCAAUUUAAUUGCAUCGUAACAGAUUUACUAAAUUGUGCUUUGUAAUUGGAUUCACUCCUAGCUGUGAUUGAGUUGGCAAAGUGGUUGAUGGCUAAUACCACUAUACAUCUUUGCAACUUAGAUUUCAUUUAGAGUAAAUUACUGGGAAGUAAUUUUGCAAAUCCAUAUUGUGAAGCAAUGAGGUUGGGGAGCACCACAUUUAAGAUGUGCAGACAGAUUUAGAGUUGCAAUAGUAUCUAAAUUCAUCCCUUAGUUUACAAUGUUAGAAUAAAGCUGCCCAGUAAUUGAGUGCUACAUGCAAAAGGAGGAAUUGUUUUCCUGCAUGGAGAAAAGUUGAAUAUGCACCGUUGUCGCUGAAACAUGGUUUGUGCACCUGAAAAUUUGCACCCUGAAUCUCAUUGAGGCCUUAAAUUUCUAAAAUUGAAUGAAUGGAGUUUGAUGAUGCGUUUUUUUGGUGUUAAAUUAUAAGGUGAUCGCAGAGUAAUGUAUUUAUGCUCAGGAUUUCCACUUAUGAUUUUCUUACAACUAACUUAGCAUGCAUAAUAAAGAAAAAAUAUUCUGAUGA